ACAGCGUCUACGGUCCUAGUGAUUUUUUAUUAAUUCUUUUAUUAAUAAAUGUAACUAAAUACAAAAAUUACAACAUUGCCUACACCUUUUAAAUAUUUGGCGGCAAAUUAUUUUGAAGAAGCAGCUACAAAAAGGGUUUAGCCACAUUGGCGUUAAUUGGUGAUGUCCAAUGGAGUCGGUUCGCUGUUAUUUAUGUGACCAUGAAUUUGUUGAUGGCGAGGAGCCCUGGUUGAUGUUUGAGGAAAGGCUACGGGAGGAUGGACAAAUAGAAUGUUCCCUAGCUGCAUUACUAGAAUCGAUAUUGCAAACAGAGUUGGAUGAAAACUCUGCACAUUCCACGUUGCUGUGCGAUUCCUGCAAUGCCGAUGUUUUGGAGUUUGAAAGUUUGGAGAAAAGAUAUGCACAGUUACGGGAACGCAUUCUGACAUCGUACAAAGAGAAUAUGACAUUACGCGAUAUAAAAUCAAUUUCAAAUAUUUUGAAAGACAAUGACAAUGUUGAACCUCCAGGUGAAGUUGGGUUUGUUGAUCACUUAAUAAGCCAGCGAACGACUAACAUGAUCGGAAUUUGUGACGCUGACCUAAUAGAAGAAGUCCCAGAUGAAGACGAAAUUAUUGACGGGGAAACAACUGAAAAUUUGGGCCAGCAGGAUGAUCUAAGCAAUAAAAUAAUAAGCGAAAACUUUGAUUUUGCUGCAUUUAAUGAACAUGUUGCUCAAAAUUCGCUUCCAGGCAAUGUAUUGAAUUUGUCCGAUAGCCUUGUUAAUAUAACUGUCGAUCACACUGUGAACGUACAGAAUAUACCAUUGGAAGGACAAGAUAUAAUCAUUUACGAUGUUGGAACCAAAGGGAAUCUGGAAGAUCCGCCCAGUAACGCAAACAUUCAAAAUAGUCCAACCGACUUCAAACACGAUGAGGAUAAUGAUCUUGAUUUUAUAAUAUCGUCAAAUGUUUUCGACAAUGAUAGUAAAAAAGACGACAACACAAAUUUCAUGCUGGGAAAUUUAGACAAAGUGAAAACUGAUUCUGAAGUGAUACUUCCAAAACCAAUUUGUAAACAAGAAGGAGAAGAAUACAUUUGCUUGUUGUGUGAAAUGUCGCCAAAGUACACAAUGGACUCCCUUAAGGAACACGUUCAAACCUUUCACAACUGCAGAAUUCAUAUGUGCGAACAGUGUAACGAAGGGUUUCGUAGGAGGCAGGACCUCAAAAUACAUUCAGAGUCUGGUCACACUUUAGAAUGCGACGUAUGUCAUCGUAUAUUCAGCAGCCAACGAUUAUUAAAACUCCACAGACGGUUACAUUUUAGCAACUCCAAGCCAUACGAGUGUUCAGUCUGCCAGAAAAAGUAUAGUUCGAAGGGAAUGCUCGAGGAACACAUGAACACACAUACCGGCUAUCGUCCAUACAAAUGUCCAGAAUGCUCCAAAGAUUUCGCCUCAAAAUAUACUCUUCAAUCUCACAUGAAAAUCCACAGGGAGCGUCCAAGACCAUUUCACUGCGACCAGUGCGGUAAACGAUUUCUGAAUCAACAAAACCUCACACAACACAAAAGGUCGCAUGUCGCGGGAAAAGCAUUCGAGUGUGAAGUUUGUAAUAAGUCCUUCACGACCCAGCAUAGUUUACAAGUACAUAAAAUUGUGCACACUGGACAACGACCAUUCAUUUGCCGUAUAUGUGGCAAAUCUUUUGCGAGACGACCUGAAAUUAAGGAUCAUGAACGUACGCAUACCGGAGAAAAGCCAUACCAAUGUGAUCUUUGUCCUCUCGCGUUUGCUCAGCGCUCCAAUUUAACCAGUCAUAAGAAAUCGACGCAUUUCAAUGAAAAGCUACAUAAAUGUGAUCAGUGUCUUCGCUCAUUCAAGCGCAAAAGAUUACUGGAAUAUCAUAUUCAGGCGGCACAUACUGGAGAACGUCCACACAAGUGCGAUAUUUGUGGAGCAGGUUUCGUUUAUCCUGAACACUGUAAAAAACACAUGCUUAUACAUAGUGGUCAGAAACCAUAUGCUUGUGAAGUGUGUGGCAAACAGUUUAAUAGUCGCGACAACCGCAACGCCCACCGUUUUGUCCACAGUGACAAAAAACCUUAUGAAUGCAUGGAAUGCGGAGCUGGAUUCAUGCGAAAACCACAUUUACUCGCUCACAUGAAACAAGCAAAACAUACGAAUGAUACCAUCAUUGUUAAUCAGCCACAAUUUACACAGCAUGUUAGCAUGGAUGACCACAGCGGUACCAUAGGCUCUGACUCUUUAGACGAAGAAAAUGAUUUAGAUGAUAACCUGCAAACCGAAGAGUCCGACGAGUGUCUCCAAAAAAUAAUAUUUAAACCGGAUGACCUUUUGACCGAAGAUCCAUCGGUUUCCAGUAUGGAAGAAAAUCCCGCUGAGGAUGUGAUAACUGUCGAAAGUCAUCUAAUUAAAGAUGAAUUGGGUGUCGUCAAAUAUUUACAAUUUGAAGAUUUGGAACGUGAUGGCAAUCAAACUUUGACAUGGGUCGACAUGGCAAGCGAUUAGAUAGGCAUACUCACUGCACUGGUUAUAAAUAUUUAUUAUGGAAAUGAAAAGAGUUAAUAAUUGCGAAUAAACUUUUUCGGAUGUAUAAUUCGUAUA